AUGGAAACGUCUUCCCUCGCACACAGGGGCAUUCACGCGAACCAGGUAGAUGCGCCGCAAAGCGAGCACCCAAAAAAGGUGGAAAACUGGGAGGUCCUCCGCGCGGCGGGACGCGGCCGGCGAUCAAGUGUGGGCAGCACGGCCAGCGGAGGCCUGGAUACUGGCAGCAGCAGCACAUGCAGCAGCCGCAGGGACUUGAGCAGGCCAGUUCAUAGCCCACCCGUCUGCAGACAGGCUUCCGCGGCGUCGGGUCGUUCGCGGACGCCUGCGAGUGCUCCGCUUCGCGGGCUUUGCCACUUGGGGUAUGCGGCGACCGAGUCUGCUCGCGGGGGCCUCAUCCUGAACCCGUCCGCGUCCGCAGGACAACGGAAGGCCGGUCCCCAGCCCCCGGCCGCGUUGCCGCUGCCGAGCGAACGCCGUGGGCACUCGGCGGCCGCAUGCCACGUUCCAACCCCCACUCCCGCCGACUUCGUCAAUCCCACUGCGGGCGAGGCAGGCCGGGUGCCUUGUGCCGCCGACAGUACCAGGCAGUGUGACUCUGCAGCGCCCCAUGCCCGCAGCAAGGGCGAGCGGGCGCCCGGCGGCGGCCAAACAGGAACUCCGCGGCCGGGGCCGAAGUCAGCGGGUCGCCGACUCGGCUUAAAUGGGGGCCCAGGCUCUGUGGAGGCUUGUGCUGACCAGAGCUGGUGCCCGCGUGACCACCCGGGAGACGGCAGAGGCGAGGAAGCAGAGAACGCUUGCGCCAUCCGCAAAUCUCCCGCCCUUACCUGGGACCACCAGCACACGGACACAGCCGCCAGAUGGCGGACGCUCACCGAGCAAACCUCGCCUGCCACACAGAAACACCGGAACCGACUUCGGCGGAGGAAACCACGUACGCGGAAGACGCUUCCGCCAGUGGCUAGCUCCGCAGAUGCCACUGCUGGAGCUGCACACGCCCCCCAGGGUGCUGCGAACGUGGACCGCGGGACAGGGAUCGAGCGCCAGAACGGCGGCGACAUACGGCGUCGGGAUAAGGACUACCGGCGCGAAGUCGAAUCGGAAGAAUGUGAUUCGUGGGGGGAGGACGCUGACGCUCGCGGCCCGUACACGAUGGCAGACCCUCGAAAAAAAGCCAGCCAGGUGGAAGCGUUCGGGCAAGCGAACAAGGAGGCACUGGAGGACGGUGUGCGUCUGAUCCUACAGGCUAUAGGCGAGGAUUUGAAUCGGCCGGGCCUGCGGGACACGCCGAAGAGAGUCGCGGCUGCCUUCGAAGCUUUCUCUCAGGGCUAUCGUUACGACCCGAAAGAGGUCAUCCAGGACGCACUCUUCCAUGUGGACGAUUGGGCAGGAGCACGCGGAGACUUCACCUCUGGCAAGCGGAUGGUCACCGUGGGGCAGAUUGAUGUAAGCUCCCUGUGCGAGCAUCACCUGCUCCCGUUCUUCGGCAAAUGCCAUAUCGGGUAUAUCCCUGACAAGCACGUGCUGGGCCUUUCGAAAUUUGCACGGCUCACGCAAGUUUAUUCGCGCAGACUGCAGAUUCAGGAGAGGCUGACUCAGCAGAUUGCCGCGGCGGUGAUGGAAGUCGUGAAACCUCGAGGGGUUGCUGUUCUGCUUGAGUGCAAUCACAUGUGCAUGGCAAUGCGAGGCGUCUGUAUACCGAAUAGCGUGACGACGACGAAAGCCUUCCUCGGCGUCUUCGAGUGA